AUGGUACUGAAGAUGCUGGAAGCUGGCUGGGUGGAUUGUUGGACUAAUGCGUUAAGCAGGACGUUGCCAGUUCUUAAGUCUCCUAACUCUCCUAAGGCAUCCCUGAGGUACAAAUACGAGCCACUCACCGGCAGCUGCUACAAGUUCCACCGUUUCGCCCAGCGCUGGAACCGCGCGGCCAGAGUCUGCCACGCUGAAGGAGGACAUCUGGCCAUCAUCAACAGCAAAAUUGAAGCUAAAGUACUUAAACAUAUCUUCGAGAAGAACCCUGUUGAAACUAUUGUCGAGGCAAAACAUGCUGACGUCGCUUUGAUUGGCGUUUGGAAAUGGGAGGAUGGUGAUGGCGAGUGGAGUACCAUAUUUGGUGAAACGCUGGAAAAAGCCGGAUUCGCACAGUGGAGUGAGCCGCUCGACCGCCAUUCAACCUACGGCGCCAUACAGCGCAGUGGCUUGCUGGACGCCGUGAAGAAGUAUGUUAGAGACCCGUUCAUUUGCGAAAUUAAGCUGUAAAUGACUGUUU